GGGAGACGGAGAAAGAAUCGGGUGAUGUUUCUUUUUCCUUCCUCCUCGUCUUCUUCGCCUGGAUCCAAAUUUAGAUUGAAGAGGGAGGGUUGCAAGCGCACGCAGCAUGAUCACGUCUUCUCAAAGUGGGAGCUUCUGUGUCUACUCGGCCAAUUCAGAUUCUCAUUGGGUCAUCUGACUGGGAGGACUUUUCACUAGGAAAGGAUGGGGUACAGCGAUACAGGACGCAUAACCUUCCAAAUGGUAGUUCUUGCCCCGGACUUUAUGAGCUUGGCAUAGCUGUAAUUUCCAAGGAUGAUGGUCGCAAGGCACGCAUGCUUGAUUCACAAACUAUCAUAGUUGUUUACCUUGGCCAAACAAAUAAUGUCAGAACAAGGCUUCAGCAGUACGGCCGUGUUGGAGCACAUUUGCACUCUGGAAGAUUAAUCUCUUCAGAGGGAAAAGAAUGUUCUGGAUUAUUCACUGACGUCUUCUCAAGAGGCUACUCGAUCAUGUUCAGAUGGGCUCCAAUGGUAGACAAGAAGAAAGCUGAGAAGACAGAGGCUGAGCUGCUUGCUGUCUUUGACUAUGCAUGGAACAAAAGUGGAAAUGGUGUCUGUCGCCAUGAUGAAAUCUUAUCAAAGCUUGAUGGCAAGAGAACCGCCCAAAUCAGCACUUUUCGCAGAAAACUCCAACCAUGGAAGCAUCCAGCAUUUGGUAGCAAAGCAGGAAUCAACAUUGAUGAUAGCGUGCCACUUGAUGAUCAAAAGGGUUUCCUUCCUUCCCUAGUUUUCAAAUUUAGGAAGUCCCAGCUUCGAUUCGUUCAUGCAGACAACAGCUUUUAUGAGGACCACAAAAUCUGUGGAGUAGCCAUCGGCAAUGGGUCAGUUUGUAAGAACAAGCCUAUGAUGGAAAGAAAAAGGUGUGAAGAACACAAGGGAAAGAAAAUUGUUGGAGGUGUUCCAGUGUCAGUCAGAUUCCCUGCGAUGGAGGAGGCCACAACUACUUGUGGUGUAGUUUUAAAAGAUGGCUCUCUUUGUGCUGAGUUGCCAGCAUAUGGUAGAAAAAGAUGUGAAAUGCAUAAAGGCAGCAUAAUAACUAAACUUGAACCCCACAACAUGGCUGUUGUACUAUUUGAAGAUCAGAAAGAAACCCCUAUUUCGAAACGUCAGUCUCAAGUAGUAGUUAAGCAUGAACAGGAGUAUAGUAUUUGUGGUGUGAUCGAUGAUGAUGGAAGAAUGUGUAGAAACACACCAGUUUGGGGAAGAAAAAGGUGCGCGGAGCAUAAAGGGCAGAGAGCUACUGCAAGUAAUUUGAGGUUACCAACAAGCAGAGAAUGCUGGGAGACUGCGGAGAAUGGAAAUAUCUGUGGAGCGGUCACUAAUGGUCAUAUUUGCAGAAGGAAGCCAGCUUCUGGAAGAAAGAGGUGUGAGGACCAUAAAGGGCAGAGGAUCACGGAGAUGCUUCCCGGUAAGAGCAUAGGUGUGAAAGAGAAUUACAACGUAUCUGUAUGUGGUAUUGCUUUGAGUAAUGGUUCAAGUUGUCAGAAAACUCCAGUUACUGGAAGGAAGAGAUGUGAAUUACAUAAAGGUAGGAAGAUCACUUAGCACCAGUCCCAAUUAUUCGUAAUCCCAACACUUGUUCAUGAGUGGGAUAGUAGGAAUCAUUUGUUGGUUCCAAAAAGUUGGUAUAAAGGCGUUGUCGUUGUUGUUGUAUCGUGCUCUUUGUGUUUUUUCAUUUAGUUCUUUUACUUUAUAUAACCACUAUGUAAUCCCCCUCAGCCCUCAGCUAAGAAGCUGGGAUGAUGGCUAUGCAAUAAUUCAGCUGAAACUGAUGACAUUCGUGACCAAGUAUGUCUGUAACAUGGAUCUGAAAGUGAACAAAAUGUUGGAGGUUA